GUCAGGUGAUGCACACUAUAAGCGAAGGGAGCUGUCCGGGUGCUGAAAACAGUCCAUAAACUUGCCGCGGACAGAUAACGAAGACCAUGCUUUAAAUUGUCUCUGCACACAGGAAACCUUUCAAACAUGGCCGAUGCUAAAACCUCAAGGCUUGCUGCAGUCUUGCUUCUUGCUCUGCUUUCUGCCCUGAUCUGUUCUGCCAGUGCUGCUUCAUUUCAACGUUACCAAAACAUCCAGAAAGAUCCAGACUACCUGAUGAAAAACUUGCAAAGGCUUCCAAGCCCAGAUAUGAUCAAAGCGCUGGAAUACCUAGAAAACCUCAGAAAACAAGCCAGCAAUGGAGAAACGAGCCCAGAUGAUAGCUCCUAUCAAAGUGUCCCAUUUGCUCUGCAGCCAAAGGAAAGCAAAGAUCAGAACUACCUGUCGGACAAUCUAAGAGAACCUUUAUCAGAAGAUGAGUCACAGUGGGCUAAGGCCAUGUUGGAAGCACUAAGGCAAGGAGAAAAAGAAUCCAAGGGAGCCUUGAAAGAAGGUAAAUUCUACCCCAUGAGUUCAGAUAACAUUUUCCAAGAUGGAAUGACUGACGAUUAUGAUGACCGCACCUGGCCUGAGACAAGGCACAAACAUUCUAAGAUACCCCAUGUCUACUUAGAAGAAAAUUCAAGAGACAGCCCUUAUAAGCGGACAAAUGAAAUAGUGGAAGAGCAGUACACACCUCAAAGUCUAGCUACCUUAGAAUCAGUGUUUCAGGAGCUGGGGAAGAUGAUGGGGCCAAGUAACCUUAAAAAGGGGAGGUUUGAUGAGGAACAGAAACUCUAUGCUGAUGACGAAGAUGAUGCCUAUAAAGGAAACAACCUUGCCUACGAAGAUGUGGUGGGAGGAGAAGACUGGAACCCAAUAGAGGAAAAAGUGGAAAGUCAAACCCAGGAAGAGAUCAGAGACAGUAAGGAACAAAUUGAGAAAAAUGAAGAGGAGAUGGAUGACGAAGCAAAGAGGUCCAGCAUCCUGGAUGAUGAGAUGAAAAGAGAGGACAAAGAUCAAGUCUCAGAGGAUGUUUCACAGCUGAUGGAUUAUUAUUUGAAAAAGAUGAUAAGCAGUGCCGGAAAUGACAACUCAAGAUUCAAGCAAAAUGAAGACAAAAGGGCCGCCAGAUAUUCUGGAAAGCAACUUGAUCCUCAGGCUAUUUAUCAGUUAAUAGAAAUAUCAAGGAAUUUACAAAUCCCACCUGAGGAUUUAAUUGAGAUGCUGAGAGCUGGUGAAAAACAGAGUGAAAAAGAGCAAGAGCCUGAACUCCCAGAAGAUGUUGACGACAUCCCUGAAAUUAAUGUAGACAAUUCAGAUGUAUUCAAAAAUAAAAUGAACUCCUUGAAUGGUUACAGAAAGCAGCGACUUAAUUUGAUACCCGAUAAUGUGCCAGAAGAUCUCACCGUAGAAGAUAUCAUCAAUCUUUUGGGGACUGAAAAUGUAGGGAGUCAGAAACCAUCUUAUCCGGCAAAUCAACUCAAGCAAGAGUUGCCAAGAGUUUCCUACAUGCCUGGAAGAUCUAAAGGGCACCAGUUUUCCAAAGCUGCUUGGUUAAACCAUUUGGAAAGACGACAAAUGGAACAGGAAUCACUAAAUGAAAAGGAAGAAGACUUGGCAGACUACUUAGCCAAGGUGCUGGCAAAAUACCCUGAGGUUGUUAAUACAGGUCAGAUGAAACAAAUUCCACUCGCACUUUCAUCCGAGGAUGACUUGCAAGAAGAUGACCAGUUUGAGCAGGCUAUCAAAGAACAUCUAAACCAGCUUGGAACUCGAGAGUCAGACAAGUUGACAUCUCUCAGCAAAAGGCUGUCCAUGGCCCAAGAGAAUGACGACACACAAAACAGACCAUAUAUGGAUGAGGAUAUGCUAGCAAAGGUUCUAGACUAUCUAAACCAGGAAAAGUCUGAAAGGGGGAGGGAGCACAUUACUAAAAGGGCAAUGGAAAAUAUGUAGUUUUUUCCUUAUUAUUUCUCUUCAUUGUAUUGACUUCUACCCCAGUUCUGUUGUGAUUUACCUUUCUUUAACAAUUUGAGGCAUGUUCAGACAUUACACACAGCUGCUUUAUGCACAUAGGAAUUCUGGCACCUGCAUUUUCGUGAGUAAUGUUACAUCUGAAAUGGGAGCUCAUGGACCUCAGCUGUAGCUACCUCUGUGAUCUCUGAUAAAGGUUUUAGAACAUGGAAUCACAGAGAUUCCUAGAGAUGAUAUUUGUGAGUUCCCAGCAAACACAUUGUUUUGCUCAUGCAAAUGAACAUGCCCAGAGGAUCCCUGCAGGUGCAAAAAGUGGCCCAGUUCUGUGUCUCAACUGGUCCCAGUGGUACAUGACUUGACAUUGAACAGUCUGCGUAAACUCCUCUGAGCUGUUCUGUUGUUUAUGGGUAUCUUUCAAUGUUCUAAAUCUUGGUCAUGUAACAAAUUGCUUCAAUUUUUUUAAGAAACAGUUUUAUGAAAUUAAGUGAAACUAUGUAAAACAAUGACCACGACAGAUCAUGACAAUGGCAGAAUGACAACUGCAUUCUAUGAGGUUUUUUAAAUGAAUUGAAAUAUUUUGUUAUUGCGUGUAGUGUUUUUGUGGAGUACUGAAUAAAA